UACGUGGAGAACAUGGCGGCGGAGAUGUGGCUGUAGCAAGGAGUCGGCUCCUAAUGCGAGUUCGUCGCAGUGAUUUGACACCAUUACCAAACCAUUUUAAUGUCAACAGACAGACACUUUCCCCACAGACUCUGAGCGUAUUCGCUGACACUUCGCAUGAAGCCCCUUUCCUCUUCUCUCAGCCACAGGGACAACGGUAAUGGAAGACGAGGAGAGGCAAAAGAAGCUCGAGGCCGGCAAAGCAAAGUUGGCUGAGUACCGGCAGAGGAAAGCUCAUGCCGACAGACAGAAGAAGAAGCAGAAGAAGAAAAAGAGGAGAGAAACAGACGACAACCCGGGUGGGGAUGGACCGGCGAGAGGGGAGGCCGAGCAGGAGUUAGAUCAGUCAGUGGGGGAGGGGAAUGGGGGGGAGGUAGGAAGAAGAGGGGAACUGGACCCCCCUACCACAGAGUUUACCUUCGCCAGGACCCUGCACAGUGGUGAGACGGUCAAACACGACCAGACGUACACCAUAGAGCCAGAUAGUGAAGUGUCCACCACAGCCGAAGACUACUCCUCCGAGGUGAAUGGCUGCCUUGAGAUGACCGAGAACCCAAUGGAGACUUACAAGGAGUUUAUCUGGGAGGAAGUGGGCUCUGUUCAGCAGGAGGCGAGGGGUGGAAGUGUACAGGUCAUGGAGGAAGAGCUGGCUGCCAAGACUCUGGCGGUAGAGGAGCUGAGCCGAGAGCUGGAGGAAUUUAGAGUGGCUUUCGGCUCAGAGGGGGUACAACAGCUGCAGGACUUCAAGGCUGCCUUAAAGCAGCGAGACGGCAUCAUCACCCAACUCACAGCCAAUCUGCAGCAGUCUCGCAAAGAGAAGGAUGAGGUCAUGAGGGAGUUCUUGGAGAUGACUGAGCAGAGCCAGAAACUGCACAUUCAGUUCCAGCAGCUGCAGGCAGGCGAGACACUAAGGAACACCAGCCACAGCAGCACAGCACAGGACCUCCUGCAGUCCAAGCAGCAGCUCGUCCAAUACCAGCAGCAGCUGGAGGAGAUGGAUGGCCAGGUCAGAGCGCAGCAAAUGAUGAGCAAGGAGCAUCUGCUGCAUGUCAGCCAGCUUCAGCACCGGCUCAACGAGGCUGAGAUGGUGGGAAGAAGAACAGAAGAAUCAAUUGCACAAAGGUUAAAUGAGAAAGACCUGCUGAUUUCGGAACAAACUGCAAUAAUAACAGAACAUGAGCGUACACUGACCAUGCUCAAGGUGGAGCUUACACAGGUGGGAAGGAUGACUGAGGAGACUUUUGCACAGAAGAUGAACGAGAAAGAACUGCUGAUUGCCGAGCAAGAGAGAGUCAUGUCAGAACAUGACUCCUCCCUCCACCAGCUAAAGGGUGAGUUGACGGCCUCUGAGAAAUGCUUAAACGGCCUCAACCAGCAAAUGUCCUCAAAGGCUCACGAGCUGGAGAGCUGUAAGAGUGACUUGGAUAACUGUAAGAGGGACUUAGAGAGCACUAAGUGUGAGUUGAAUAGCUGUAGGGUUGAGCUGGAGAGCAGUAAGGGUGAGUUGGAUAGCUGUAGGGUUGAGCUGGAGGGCAGUAAGGGUGAGUUGGAUAGCUGUAGGGUUGAAUUGGAGAGCAGUAAGGGUGAGUGGGAUAGCUGUAGGGAUGAGUUAGAGUCAUGCAGGUGCGAACUCUCAGCCUCUAGGCAGAAGGAGCGGAUGUCCUCCAGUGAAAUCCAGCAGCUAAUGGGCACUGUGGAAGAUCUCCAGAAGCGAUGCCAUCAGGGGAGUCUGUCAGAGAGCGACACCGUCCAGAGAAUAGAGGAGGACUCAGCCCGCAGGCUGGAGCAUCUUCGGGCAGAGCUAGAUGAGAUGUACGGUGAGCAGAUCGUCCAGAUGAAGCUGGAACUUUGCUUGCAGCACUCUGCGGCCCUGGAGCGGGUCACGGAGCAGCAUCGCGAAGAUCUAGCACUUCUAAGAGCUCAGCAACCCGCGCCCAGUCCCGAGGUGGUGAUCGAGCUUAAGGGCAAGAUCGCAGAGCUUCAGCAGAGGCUCCUAGAGGCCCAGGCUCUCCAUGAGAAGGCCAGACAGGAGCUGACCCAGGUGGCGCAGGAGAAGCUCAACCUUCAGGGUCAGGUGACUGACCUGCUCCAGGACCUCCGCUCAGCCCAUGCCAAAAUGGAGCAGGCCUCCCAUAACAUUGCUGUCCAUGAGCGUUGUCGGGGUGAUCUGCAGCGCUUCCAGGAAACCAUUGAUGACCUGAAGGCCCAGCUAGCUGCCGCUGCAGAGUCAGCAGAAGAGAUUGAGGCCAAGCACGAGUCGGAGACAACCAACUACAAGAUCAAACUGGAGAUGAUGGAGCGUGAAAAGGACGCAGUGCUGGACCGCAUGGCAGAGUCACAGGAGUCGGAACUGGAGAGGCUGAGGACACAGCUCCUCUUCAGCCACGAGGAGGAGCUCAUUCUCCUUCGGGAGGACCUCCAGAGGGAAAGCCAUCUCAACGCUGAGAACCUCCUCAACGAGGCAUCCAUUCGGCACAGCCGAGCCCUGGAGGAACUGCGGAAUGGUUACGAGGUCAAGCGGGACGAGCUGUUACACCAAAUUGUUACACUGAAAGACGACCUAAAGAUGGCACUGCACAGCUCAAAAGCCGAAGAGCUGGUGGUGCAACUCAAGGAACUUCAGUUGGAGGUUGAGGAACUGCGAAAGCGUGGAGAAGAAAGUGUCAGAAUGGAAAGGGAAAUCCAAAUGCUGUUGAAAAAGAAUGAGUUGCUAGAAAAUGAGUCCAAGGAGAGAGAAAAGAGCUGGGACAACAAAUGGAGGGGGCAGGAGUCAGAAAAUAGGAUUUUGAUGGAAACCAACAACACCAUGAAAGAGGAAGUGGAGUCCAAGACGAAAAAAUGUAAAUCUCUCACCACAGAAAAUGAACAAAAGCAGCGACAAGUGGUAGAGUUGCAAGAGGAGAUUGAAAAGCAAAGGAACACUUUCUCUUUUGCCGAAAAUAACUUUGAGGUGAACUAUCAGGAGCUCACGGAGGAGUAUACGUGCCUUGUUGAGGUAAAGGCGCAGUUGGAAGAGAGGAUUCUCAAGGAGACACUUGUGUUUGAGUCUCAACUUGCCAGCCUUCAGUCGCAGAUUCAGGAGCUGAGGGAGAGCAAGGAAAAUAUCCAAAUGGAGGACAACGGCGGUGCUUCGAUAGAGAAAGACACUACUGAGCUGAUGGAGAAGCUGAAGGUAUCUCUGACAGAAAAGGAGGAACUCUCAGUGAGGCUGUCCGAAGUUACAGAGCAGCUGACUGUUACAGAAGGCGAAUUGGAUGAGCUGGAAGGAGAGCUCAGUCAGGUCAAGAGAGAAAACAAAGAGGUCAUUGCCCAAAACGAAAACCUUGAGGAAGAGCUCGAAAGAGAGCGGGAGACUCUGAAGGAGAGAAAGGGAGAGAUGGAACUGCAGAGAGAGGAGGGAGGGAGAGCUGCUCUGAGCCAAGCACAUCUCCAACAGAGAGAGCAGCCUGUUCAGUCUGCAGUCCUAGCUUGCUCCAUCAAGGAUCAUCAUCUCCAGAUUAAAUCUCUCCAAGGGGAGGUAGAGGUGCUCCGCUCCUCCUUACAUGCCGCCGAAAUAGAGCGAGAUCGCCUCCGGCACACCCCGGAGGCUCGGCACCAGAGCCAAACACUCGCUCCGUCUGCAGCCCCAUCUCAGGUCUCGACUGUGGGGGAGGGACCUGUUGAGCAUAGCUCCGCUGUAGAGCCUUCAUCCUCUGGGUCAGACAGGCGCAAGACACAGCAGCGGCGAGGCAAGAAGAAACGCCAGAGCUCUGCCCAGUCCAAAGAGAAGAGAGAGAAGGAGGAGGUGGUGGAGAGAAACAAAGCUAGAGGUUCUACUGCUGCAGCAGAGCGGGAGUCGCAGGCUCAGAUGGAGAGCCAGGUUCCGUCGAGUUCACAGCAGAGGACCGGGGAGGAGGACUCCAGCUUCGGGUACCACGGAGAGCGAGACGACAUUGGGAAGCAGGGGAAGAGAGUAGAUGGGAUGGAGUGUCGGGCGGACCAUGUAGCGAAGCAAGAGGAGGACGAAAGGGACAACGAGACCAUAGAGCAUGUGGAGUGCAGGCUGCAGCUGGAGGCCCAGCGGAUCAGCCUGUCUCAGAUACACGCUGCGCAGCUGGAGCUGCUCCAGGAGCAGACAGACGCACGUGCCUGCAUACUUGAGCUGGGCCGCCUCAAAGAACCAAGGGACUUCACAGAUGACCCCAAAAGCUCCAAGUACCAGAAUGUGGUGCAAAUUGUGUCUGAAGAAUGCAAGCAGCUCAUCCUGUCCUUUGCUAAACUUUUCGGGGAGGAAUUAUUGGAGUAUCUCCACCCCACUGAUGUUGAGGACUGGACAAUUCAUUCAUGUGAAAAGGAAGAAACCAGGGAUCCCAGUGCUGUUUUACAGGAUGCAAAAGAAAUGUGCAGAGACCUUCAGCAGGUGAAGGAAAGGAUUGAGCAGGAGCAUGGUCGUCUACUACAGCUCCAGUCCUUACUGAAGGCAGAUGGCAAUACGAUUGAGGUGAUACAGCUGGGGUACAAUGAUCUGAAGCGCAGCAGUCAGGAGGAGAUCGCCAGCCUGCGCAAGAUUAUCGACAGCUCUAUUACUUCCACACACGGCCUUGAUGAUCGGAGGGAGCUGACCACUGCCUCGCCCUCCUCCCACACUGCUGAGGACGUCCAGAAGUUGAGGGCCGACGUCCAGCAGCAGCGGGCCCAGCUGGAGGAAUGCCACAGACUGGAGGUGGAGCACCUUAGGACCUACUACCAGCAACAUGCCAAAGAGACAGAGGAGCGCUACUCUACCGAACUCCUAGUGCUACAGCAGCACCUUGAUGAGGUCACAGGCACUGAGGCCCGGUUCAGCCUGUUCAGUGUUGCCCAGCUUGGCUUGCAGACAGAGGAAGAGGAUGCAGAGGAACUAAAGCUGGUGGAGGAGGAGGCAUUGUUGGUGGGCCUGGGUGCGGAGCUACGCGGGCCGGCAAAGUCUAUGAGCCUGACGGCGCAGCUGCAGGCGCUGAGGAGAGCGCUCUACCACAAGUACCUCCAGGAGGUAGCCGCGCUGAAGGAGCAACACUGUGCCGAGCUCACCAGACUCCGAGAAGAGAGGGAGCAGGAAAAGAGAGAGAAGGGGAGGGAGGAGGUGUGGUCACAGGUGAAACAGGAUCCAGAGGGCAUCAACGGGGGUGUCCGCUCUAUCGAAGGGCCCAGCGAGGAGGAGAGGAGACACCAGGAGAGGGUGGAGGAAGAGAUAGCUAAGGUCAUAGUUCAGAUGUCAGUGGAGUUUGCCCAGCAGAGAGAAUUGGCCCGAAUCUCCAAGAGCGCCCGCGAGACAACCUCGGCCAUGCAGACCCAAUCUGAGGAGGAAGAGGAGCAGCAGACCCCCAGGAGCUCACUCGCCAAGGGGAUCUCUCCGGAGGCGGUGCAGAGGAUGUUCGUGGAGGAUAAAGAGAGGCUGGAGAGAGAGCUGGAAGAGAGGACUGCGGAGCUCCGUAGGAUUGAAGGGCAGCUUUGGCACGGAGGUCCUGGAUCUGAGCAGAAGAGAGGAGAUGAGGAAGAAGGAGAGGAAGAUGAAGAGGUCAGGAGGAAGAUGGCAGUUAGUGGAAUCGUUUCGUCACAAGUUGGAGGGGAUGGCUCUUCCUGUCCAGAUCAUCAGGUCAUCACUACUGAGAGGAAUCUGCUGCGUAAGGCCAACGAGAGCCUCCGCCAGGUGCUGAGUGAUGUGCUCAAGACCACAGCGGCCGCUGAGGAGACCAUUGGACGCCACGUGGAGGGGCUGCUGGUACCCCCAUCCUCCUCACAGAGACCCACCUGGCAGAGAGCUGCUGGCGAGCCCUUCAGGCCUGCCACAGAGGCUGCGGGAGAUGCGUUGGCGACUGAGAGUUGCCAGGGAAGCGAGCCUGGGGUGGACAAUGUGAGCGCGUGGUCGGGCGAGACGGAGACUGACGAGGGCCUGGAGAUGUCCCAGCAGAUGAUGACGGACAGUCACAGCCUGUUGCCGGAGCUUCAGCUGGAGAACGAGGAGUACCUCAUGAAUAUUAGCUUCCGCCUCCAGGCUGCCGUGGAGAAACUGCUGGUGGCCAUUACUGAGACGACCAAUCAGCUGGAACAUGCACGCGUCACCCAGACGGAGCUGAUGCGCGAGUCCUUCCGCCACAACCAGGAGAUGGGCGAUCUGCUGCGGCGGCAGGAGGAUCUGCAGGAGAGGCUGGUGGAGGAGGGGCGUGCCCGCGAGCAGCUGGCCCUGGAGCUCCACAGGGCUGAGGGUCUGAUUGAUGGCUACACAGGUGAACGUGCUGCGCUGGAGGAGCAGGUGCGUCAGAAGGAGGAGCUACAGCUAAGCCUGGAGCAGGAGCUGCAGGUGACGAGCAGCCGCCUACACGAACUGGAGCAGGAGAGGCUGCAGAUGCAGGAAGAGCGUGAGAUACUGUCACGGCAACAGGACGCCAUGAGGGAGCAUGCCGGCCCCCGCGAGUUACGCCUAGUUGAAGCUGCAGUCGAUGCAGCACCUGAAGCAGACCUCCUGGAGGAGACAGAGAAGCUGAUGGCUGAGAAGGUAGAGGUGCAGCGGCAGGCGGAGAAGGAGAGCCUGGACCUUCUGCACCAGGUGAAAACACUGGAGGCUGAGCUGGAGGAGCAGAUCAACCGGGUCAUCGAGCUGGAGCAUGCCCGCAAGACUGAGAGCGGCGACCUGCUGCAGCAGAUCCAGGCUCUGGAGAAACAACUGGAGAAGAAUCGGAGGUUCCUGGAUGAGCAGGCCGUUGACCGGGAACACGAGAGGGACGUCUUCCAGCAGGAGAUCUUGAAUCUGGAGCAGCAGCUGAAGAAUAGCCAGAAGCUGCAGCCCGGCUCUGAGCAAAGAAGCAGAGAGGUGGAUCAGCUGACCUCCCAGGUGGACCAGCUGACCCAGCAGCUGAGGGAGAAGGCGGACUGGUGCAGCGAGCUGCUGCUGGCGUCCGAGCAGCUGCAGCGCGAGGUGGGCGAGCGCAACGAGGAGAUUGACAAGCUGGAGGGUCGCAUCCGCGAGCUGGAGCAGGCGCUGCUGGCCAGCACCGAGACGGUGGAUGAUAAGAGGCAGGAUGUGUCUGUUUGUGAGCUUGGGGACUCAUCACUGGAGGCUCAGCUACAGACUGAAAGAGAGGCUCUGGACAGGAAAGAGAAAGAGAUCAGUAACCUGGAGGAGCAGCUGGAGCAGUUCCGGGAGGAGCUGGAGAACAAGAGUGAUGAGGUGCAGCAGCUCGACAUGCAGCUGGAGAUCCAGAGGAAGGAGCUGAGCACCCAGCAGAAAGACCUGGAGACCAAGGACCACCUGCUCCAGCCAGCAGAUUAUAAUCUCCGAACAUAUGAUACAUUUUUGAAGGUGAUGGAGGAGAAGGACAGGGAAAUAGCCCUUCUUAAUGAGCAGAUGGCUAAGCUUCAACACACGGAAUCAGCCCCUGAUAACAAGGAAAUCAAUGCGAGGGACGAACUACUGUGGGAGCUGGAGUCCCAGGUGGAGUGCAUGCGGAGCGAGCAGCAGCGCCUGAAGAAGAACAGCGAGGAGGAGCUGGAGCAGCUAAACGCUGUCAUCGACAAGCUCCAGGAGGAGCUAGCCAACAUCGAGCGGAAGCAAUCCUCAGAGACGGACGAGGAGCUCAAGGGCCAGUUGGAGAGCCAGGUCGGAGGUCCCAGCAAGGAGGAGUACGACGAAAUGAAGCAAAAGAUGGACCUGGCCACCCAAGAGCUGGACACCAUCAAAGCCGAGCAAUGCAUGCUCCUGGAAAGGUACCGGUGCUUGCAGGAGAGCAGGCUAGCAUUAGCCGAAUCGGAAAAGGAGCAGUCGGACGACACCGCGAUGGAGCUGCAAGAUGCCCUCAGGGAGAAGACUGCAGAAUUCUUGGUGGUGCAGGCUCAGAUCCAGGCGCUGGAGCAGAGCGCCACCUCCAGGUUGGAGGAGCUGAGCCUCCGCAUCCAGGAACUUGAAGCCUGUGUCAGAGAAAGGGAUUCUGAACUGAUCCGCUGCCGGUUCCUGGUGGAGCGAGCCCAGGAGGACGCCGACGAGCUCCAGCGCAAGGUCCAGGAUCUGGAGGACAAGCUGAGGGAGAGGGUGGCGGCCGCGCUUGUCAGCCAGGCCCAACUGGGCGCCAUCCAGCAACAGUUGCAUCAAUCGCAGGAGUCCAAGGGCCAGAGAACCAAAGAAUUUGGCCACCAGGAUCCCCAGGGACAGAUGGAGGUACCGGACUUUGGGUUUGCAGGAACGUCCCGAGCAGCGGAGAUCCAAGGAGCCAAACAGGGCCCCACGGGGAAGGUGGUCCUCCUGACGGAGAAGCUCCGCGAGCUGGAGGUGGGACUGAGUGGCAUACAGAAGGACCAGGAGCUGCAGAAGCAGCUGCUCUCCAGUUCCGAGGAGGAGGUGUUGGAGUACGAGAAGAGGCUGGUCAUGCUCAUGGAUUUGCUCAAUCAGAUGAGGACGACCAAGCCUGGUGGAUUCCAGAGAACAUUUCUGGCCGAAGAGACUCCAUCUUCUGGAGAAAACGAGCCGGCUGUAUCUGGGAUGAUACAGGAACUACAGGAGGUCAAAGACGAGGCUUCAGCCACCAAAGCACAGCUCAGCAGUUACAGGGAAAACAGCAAUAAACUCCAGCAGGAGCUCAAGGCAAAAGAGGUUGCAAUAGCAAAGCUUCAAGAAGACCUUCAAAGGCAGGUGUCAUUGGGAGGCAGUGAGGCCAAGGUGUCUGAGCUCCAUCGGCAGCUGAAGGAAGUCAAAGAGGAGGCCGCUGCCACCAAAGAGGAGCUCAGCAGCUACAGGGAACGCUGUGACAAACUACAGGAGCUGCUACAGGAGAGAGAGAUGACCAUAGCACAUCUCAAGGGAGAACUCCACCGGGCCUCAUCGGAAGAUGACAGUGCCACCGCGUCUAAACUUCUCCAAGAGCUCCAGGAGGUCCGAGAAGAGGCAGCUGCUACCAAAGAACACCUGAACAGCUUCAGGGAGUGCAGCGAUAAACUCCAGAACGAACUCCAAGUCCGUGACCUGUCCAUUGCACAGCUUCAAGAGGAGCUCCAACAGCUCAGAACAGCCUUGGCGAAAACCACAGAGUCACCGUCACCACUAUUCCCACUAUCACCAUCUCAGUCUCCCUCACCCCAGCAGCAGCAGCCGGUACCAGCCUCCAAUCCGAAAAAUAAAGGAGUCAAACCGCAAGACCACCGCCAUGGAGCCAAGGGAAAAAUGUCCGCCACUGCCAAAGACAAACCAUCGCUCUCUAGGAAGAUCUCUGCCGCGGAGAACCAAACGUCCUCCGACAAAUCGUCUGGUCUUAAUGUAUCUCAACGUCUGCCUCGUACAGAUGCUGGCACCCAGACGGAGACCUUUUCCUCCCAGACAUCUGACCAGCCCAGGUCUGUGUCAGAGGAAGAGGUGGAGGAGAUGAUCGGGGAGUACCAGGAGAAGAUCGUACAGAUGCAGGAGCUGCACGCGGCGGAGAUCCUGGACAUGGAGGCCCGGCACAUCGCAGAGAGCGAGGCCCUGAAGAAGGACGCUCAGAUGUUGGAAGAGGAGUGUAGGGCUCUCAAGACCGUCAUCGAGAAGCUGCAACGCUCUCAUGAGGCCCCCUCAUCGAGACCAGAGCGUCCCGCAGGAUCGCAAUUUAAAGACGGCUACACCAGUGACAGCAGUUCUGAAUGGAGUCAGCGGACAGGUUAUGACCUGCCUAAUCUGCAGCAGGAGUUCAGGACCACGCCAGAGGGAGCCAGGAUAGAGACAGACGAAGCCCUGCCUGACAGAAUUAAGAACCUGCUCCGAGAGGUGCACCAGGAGGGUAUGCAGGUGCUAUCCCUGUCGGAGCUGCCAAUCCCAGAGGGCGAGGCUGACCCAGCCAGCCUGAUCCACCAUGCUCAGGGCUGGCCCAAAGAGAGAGGGGCCUUGCUGGCCACUGUGGAGUCCCUCAAGGCCCUCAUUGCCCAGAUGCAGACACACAGCAGGGAAACACAGACUCCAGGUAGUGCGGACUGGCGUGGAGAGCUGCUGGGGGCAGUGCAGCAGGUGUUUGUGAGGGAGCGGAGUGUGCUGAAGAGCACCCUCUAUGCCCGUCUGGACCAGCUGGACACUAGCGACGCUGUCAUCCACCUCAACCAUCUGGAGCACAGGCUAGCUGAGCAGGAUGCCCAUCACAGGGAUGCCAUGGGGAUGCUGAAGACUGCAGACAGAAGCAGUUUGCUGACAGAGGUCCGGCAGCUCCGGGUCCAGCUACAACAAAUCCAAGCCCAGGAGCCUGGCAGAUCCAAUCAAGGUGUUCAGCCCAGUGUGUCGCCUGGUAUUGAGCAGCAGAGGGAGAGAGGAGCCCCUCAGGCUGGUUUGUGUGGCGUUCAGGAGCCCCCCACACUGCAGCAGGCUGACAGGGCUCUGCUGGAGGAGCUGAAGGGAGAGCUGUCCCAGACCAAACUAGAGCUGGAGACCACGCUCCAGGCCCAGCAAAAACACCUGAAGGAGCUGGACACAGUCAGAAUGGAGGUGUCACAGAAGGCUGCUGAGGUGGACACCUUGACGGACAGACUGGCAGACGAACAGAAGAAGGCCAGAGAGAUGCAGUGGGCCUUCGAGAAGGAGAAGUGUAAAUCUGAAAAGAAAGAGGAGCUGGAGAGCGAGGAGCUGGAGGAUCUAAAACUGGCCCUGGAGGAGCAGCAGAGUCACGUAGCCCAGCUGACCUCAGCCCUAGACCAGGAGCGCCAGUCCACCUCCCAGCUUUCCGUCCAGGCCGAACAGGAGCGCUCCAUACUGCAGACCCGGGCAUCGCAGCUCCACAUCCAACUAGAGUCAGAGCGAGCCCGGGCCCAGGAGCUGAGUAGCGCCCUGGGGAGAGAGAAGGAGCUCCGCCAGCACGGCUCCUCCUGGAGUGAAAGCCCAGAGAGGAAGGGGGCUGAGAGUGGGGAGGAUGAAGUGGUGGGAGGGGCCAUGUCAUCCGAAGCUCUUCUGAAGGGACUGCGGAGGGAGAUGGACAAGAAGCAUGCUCAGGUGGUUAGUCUGCUGGACGAGGUGGAGGCCCAGAAGCUGGAGGCUGUGGGACGGGAACAGGAGCUGACCUCGGCAGCUCAGAGGUCAUGCCAGGACCAGGAGGCUCUUCGUGAGGCAAGGGGCCAGCUGGAAAGCCUGGGGGAGCAGGCGCGGGAUGCCAUGGCGCAGCUGGUGAGAGAGGUGCAGCAGGGGAAGCGACUGGAGCAAGAGAAGGAGAUGCUGCAGGAGAAAGUGGUCCGGCUGGGAGAGAUGAGAGGGGGGGAGACGGUUGGGAGCGGGACGCAGCAGCAGCCUGAUAACCAAAACCAGGCUGUGUGGCGAGGCAUUCCCACUGACCGGACCAGAGACUGGGUGUUCCAGCAGAAGCCUGGCAACAUGGUUACUAUCGAAUCCAGCGCACCUUCCCUCCUUGAGGUCACUGGGACAGGGGUCAACCUCGCCCCCCACCAUAACCCAAAACACUCAGACAAGGUCUUGGGCAAACUGCAGCUCAUCGCAGCCAAGAUCCGAACCAUGGUCAGCAAGGGCUCUAGCAGGCUGACUUCGGAGGUGGACAGUGAAGGGCUGUCGUGGCUGCAGACCAAUAUUGAUGAGGUCAUCACUAUGCUGCAGCAGUCUCCAGCACUCCCCUUGGUCCCUGAGAGCACCGCCCUGCUGGCGGGAGGCCAGUCCAGCUCCCUGACAGAGCGGCUGCUGAGGCAGAAUGCUGAGCUCACUGGCUUCGUCAGCCGUCUGACAGAGGAGAAGAACGAUCUGCGCAACCAGGUCCUCCGCCUGGAAGAUGAGCUUCGACGCUACCGCCAGGCUGGUCUGGGAUCAGGGGACAGCUCCAGCAGGAGAGGCGGCGUGAACAAGCAGCAUGAGGCGGCCAGCCUUCUGUUCUCAUCGGAGCGCGAGUCCUGGACCAGGGAGAGGAGCCGGCUGGAGAAGGGCCUGCGUCUAGCCCAGGCCGAGGUGACCCGAAUGAGGGGAGAGAUCAGGACAGAGUCCCUCAGAGACAUGACCGGACCGGACACAGACAACGCCACACUGAAGAGGAUGUAUGGCAAGUACCUGCGCUCCGAGAGUUUCCGCAAGGCCCUCAUCUACCAGAAGAAGUACCUGCUGCUGCUGCUCGGCGGCUUCCAGGAGUGUGAGGAAGCCACGCUGUCGCUUAUUGCUCGCAUGGGCGGGCGGCCCUCCCACUGCAGCCUGGAGUCCCCGACGCAGCACAGCCGAGGGCUGACGCGCUUCCGCUCGGCUGUCCGCGUCUCCAUCGCCCUCUCCAGAAUGCGUUUCCUGGUCAAGCGAUGGCAUAAAGCUACGGGGAUGAAGUCCAUAACAUCUGGCAAUGUGAACAGAAACGGUCUGGGACAGUCACCAGGUAUCGAGAUGAGGACAGACUCACCCUACCUGCAUCCAGGGAGUGUGGAGGUGUACGGGGAAAUCAGAGGGGCCAGCACGGGGCGCACUGGACGAGACUCCCCCAGUUCCGCCCUUUCCUCUGCACAACACAGGUUCCACAUGGCUGGGGACCCUCUGACCUGCUCUCACCUCCAGAACUACGACCCUGACCGAGCGCUCACCGACUACAUCUCCAGACUGGAGGCCCUGCAGAGGAGACUGGGGAGCGUGCAAUCAGGUUCUUCUUCAUAUGCUCAAUUGCACUUUGGAAUAAGAAGAUAGAAGUCUAUAAUUUACAUUGAAACUGUCUUGAAGAAACUGUUGCCUUUUCUUGUGCUGAGCUUUGGUAUUUUGUAUCAUUCUGCUGUGUACAGUAUAUAUCUAUAUAUAUUACGUGGGGACCAAGAACAAUUUUUUGUGUGUGGACAUCUUAUAAUCAGGCUUUUUGUCGCCAGCACUUGAAACAGCUUCUAUGUUUGUAAACUUUGGUCUGCCUCUUUGUUGUGGAUAAACACAAUCACGUUAAAUGUAUAUUUGUGGAAUGCUAAUUUAAACAAAAAACAUUGAUUAACUUAAUUUAUACUGUGUGGGUGGAAGAAUAUGUAGUGCAGGCUUUGCCGGAAAACUCCAGUCCUGGAGACGUACCGGGUGGGUGUGCAGGUCUUUGCUCCAGCCCAGCUCUAACACACCUGAUUAAAGUAACUUGUGGUUUCUUAAAUGAAAGACCAUGAUUGGUUGAUUUAUUGGAAAUUGUUGUUAGUGCCGGGCUGGCACGCCCAGUAGCUCUCCAAGACGGGAAUUAGGAGAACUCCUGACGUGGAGAAUGUUUGACUUUACUAUUGAGGAGGCUGCUACAGGAUCUAUAUACACUACACUGUGUUUUAUUAGAAUGGUUUCUUGGACUGACUACAAUUUGUAGAAGACAUAUUUUUGUAAAGGUAGGAACUUUGAAUUUUCUGGGUAUUUUGUUAGAAAUGUAAUUAAAGAUGCAUUUUAACACUUGAAA